GUGUAUAUUUAUUUAUCAUUAAUUUAUCAGUUAGAAACUAACCAUUCAUUAAGUACGUAUUGAGGGCUGUUUUGCGGCUCUUUAGAUGUAGAAAUAAUGUAGAAAAAAAAGUCCAACUAAAAAUAGAAAACUAUUUCUGUGCUGUUAUAGAUUAACGCAUACGCAAGGAAAUCAAUUGCAUGCAACAGUGCAAUGAGUUAGUUUAGAAAAGCCCUUGUGUGGGGUACAUAUUGUGCGGUACUGUUGCAAUAAUUGCCUUUUUAACGGCCUGUUUGUGUACACUAACAGUCCCAUUAAUUGGCUAUUAACAGGGAAAACAAAGGUUUUGUUUGAAAACAGUUAGCAAUUGGACGCGGAGCCGUCGAGCUCCUCGCCAACACUUUGUUGCAGGAUCCUCUUAACAUUAACAGUAUGAAUCGUGGCAGGAAACUCGGCUCCUUGCCAGUCCGCAUCAGAUAUUUCAUUCUACUGGCUGUCGUCUGUGGUAGCAGCUUCAUCUCAAUGAUGUACAGAAAUAUGGACUUGACACUAUUCAUGAACCCGCCGAUCGACACAUCGGGACAAUAUCCACAUACAACCGAUACUGAUAAAAGAUUCACUAUCAGAACAGAAGGAUGUAGCAUGCCAUUCCUACAUUUAUUUGAUGUAAGUGUACAACCAUUCGUCGAAUAUCCAAAAAAUUUGAAGCCAUGUCGCGACCAAAAAGUUUCUUUAUUGAAACACAAUAAAUCGAAGAUAACUAUUAAUAUGGAAAACCUACAUUAUUACAAUAUAACUGACCGCAGACUAUUGUUUUGUUGCUAUCAAGCAUUUUACAGACCUAAUACCAUCGAUGACAUUACUUCUUCUUCCAUAGACAGCCGUGUUAAAUACAAUAAAUGUAUCUAUUUCACCACUUCCAUUAACCGACCGAUGGCCGAAGAAUUUGUAAAGGUCACUUGUUACUUCAAUAAAUCGAGAGUUUAUCAACAAUUUUACCUGUCAGCGCCUGAAAAAAUAGGUAGUAACAUCAAACGCGAAGUGAUGACAAAUGAAACUACAUUCAACGUGUUGAUAUUAGGCAUUGAUGCAGUAUCACGAUUAAACUUUUAUAGGACGAUGCCAAAAACAGCUUCUUUUCUGAAAGAUUAUGGUGCUAUAGAUUUCUUAGGUUAUAACAAAGUGGGGGAUAAUACCUUCCCGAAUUUAAUUCCGCUAUUGUUGGGAAAUAGAGACUCGGAGUUAAAAGACAAAUGUCUCCCGAACUCGAAAGCUACAUUUGAUAACUGUCCAUUUGUGUGGGAGUGGUUUAAAGAAGCCGGUUACUACACAGCUUUCGCGGAAGACAGCUCGAGUCUCGGUAUGUUUAACUUUGUAAAAGCUGGGUUUAUUCGUACUCCAACAGAUUACUAUACACACACAUUCAUUACUCAAGCUGAAAGAUAUGCUGGUUACAAUAAGGAUUUUAAUAGCUUUUUGUGUAUGAAUGACUACUACUUUUACAAAGUGUUAUUAGAUUACAUAGUGAAUCUCACGAAUACUUUAAAAAAUUCUAAAUUAUUCGGUUUUAUUUGGGAGGUUACAAUGAGCCAUGACCAUUUAAAUUAUCCGAUGGUUAUGGAUGAUGACUAUUUGGACUUCUUUAAGAAAUUAAAAGAUACAAAUUACUUAGAUAAAACAGUAUUAUUUCUGAUGAGUGACCACGGCAUUCGUUGGGGUAGUAUUCGAUCAACGAAACAAGGGCGUUUAGAGGAACGACUACCGUUUAUGUUCAUUAUGGUUCCUCCAUCAUUCCGCGAAGCAUUUCCUAAGGCUUACAGUAAUUUGAAAUUUAAUAGUAGACGUUUAACAACUCCUUUUGAUAUCCAUGCCACUCUAAUGGAUCUUGUUGAUUUAGGGACAAUUAACAACAGUAUGGUAUCUAAAAGAAGCAAAGAAGCUUAUGCACGUAAUAGGAGCAUUAGUUUAUUCUUGCCAAUACCGAGCAAUCGUACGUGCAAGAUGGCAGAUAUAGAUGAUCACUGGUGUACAUGUCUUAAGAAUAUUGCGUUACAUAAUGAAAGUUCAGAAGCUAAACGUGCUGCAACACAUGUGCUUAGCCACCUCAAUGAUUUAGUUAGUGAUUAUUCUGUUUGCGCUCGGUUGUCGUUGGUUAGAGUUAUAGAAAUAGCAGAGCUGGAGGCCGGAAGGCCGGAUGAAAACGAAACGGGGUGGAAGGAGUAUAUGGUGGUAUUACAAACAUCGCCAGGCGAUGGGGUUUUCGAGGCCACAGUGAGGUACGACAGCGAGGGGUGGAAGCUUUCGGGCACGGUGAGUCGCCUCAACCUGUAUGGCGAACAGAGCCGCUGUGUUCAUGAUUAUCACCUCAAACUAUAUUGUUACUGCAUCUGACACGAAUUUGGUACCUAAAUAUUUCAAAAUAUGCACUGGAAUAUUAAACGUAAAUUAACAUUAUCUUAAAUCUGUGAUAUUAGAUAAGCAAUUGUUUUAUUUAUUCGGCAAUAAAAUAUUUUUACUAAGUAUCACGUUUUUUUUCUACCCAGCUUCUUAGUAUUACGUCUUUCUGAAAAAACCAGCCAAGUGUGAGUCGGACUCGCGCAUGAAGGGUUCCGUACCCGGGCAAAAAUUAGCAAAAAAAUCACGUUUGUUGUAUGGAAGGAAGCCCCCCAAAAUAUUUAUUUCAUUUUAGUUUUCAGUAGGUAUUUGUUGUUAUAGCGGCAACAGAAAUACAUCAUCUGUGAAAAUUUCAAAUCUCUAACUAUCACGGUUCAUGAUAUACAGCCAGGUGACAGACGGACGGACG